UUCAGGUUUCCUACAAAACUUUUUGGUGUCAUGAUCAUGAAUUGUGCAAAGAGGUUAUUCACGGAGCUUGUUUGGAAAACAUGGCAGUGGGUUGGAAAUAGUUUAUACCUUGUCUUCCUGGUUGAUGAGCAGUCUUCCAAGUUACCAUAUGAGGCUUCUUAGAGGACUUAAACUCACAGGAGUACUAUGCGUCAAUUGAGUCCAACUAGGCUCCCUUCAUGGUGGAGUCUGAUUCAUACCUUGAAACAUAUCAUACUGUCUUGAGAUGACUGGUGAACCUUGCUGCUAUAACCAAACAUGGUAAGAGCUAGGAAGGAGUUGAUGUGUUAGUGUUUGAGAGCUAUAUCUAAUGGAUGCACAGGUGUUACAAGCCUCAGAUCAAUGCUAUGUAAGUUUCCAGUUUUCAAUCUAAUGCUUUCUAUUCCAUCCAAUUUCUUCUACUUUUUGUGAACCUUGCUGCCAUAGCCAAACACAACAAGAUCUAGGAAGGAGUUGAUGUGUUGGUGCUUGGAGCUAUGUGUGGUAGAUGUACAAGCAUAUAGAACAAGCUUCAUAUCAAUGUUAUGUAAGUUUCUGGUUUUUGAUCUAAGGCCUUCUAUUCCAUCCAAAUUCUUUGGUUUUUGUGCUCCUAGAGCAAGUUUUUUAUUUUGAAAUCCAACAGGUUAAUUUAAGUUCUAACUUUCUUCCUGGGUUUUAGGUUUUUUUUCUUUUUCUUUUUCUUUUUCAAUUAUGGAACUCCAAGGAUUGUUCAAGAAUAUAACGUGACAACUACUUGUAGAAUUAGAAACUUGGGCAAAUUGGUUAGAAUCCAACAUCAAUCCUCUAUGUCCCCAACGCACAUCUGUGGUAUGUUUCACUUGCUAUUUUCUAUUAAGAAACAUCCCAAAUCCCCAAAUUAUGAAGAUGAUGAUAUUAUAGGGAGUUAUCAAGCUGUUAUAAACCCUUUUGAUGAAGUAGAAGAAGUUAAUCCUUUCUAUAUUAAUCCUUUAUUCUUUUCAAAUUUAUAUGAUUUUGAUUACUGAUCAAUGAUUGUGAAUUUGUAGAGCCGUUCAGGGCUUUCACCUCUUCCUCCAGAACUAGUUGCUCUCAACUAUGGUUGUGAUGCAAAUCAUGAUAUCUCUCUUGCUAUAGUUACUAGACCCAGUUUUAAGGAAUUGAAGAGGGAAAGGAGGGACAUUGGCCAUGGCAGUUGAGCUUAACAAGCAACAUGAGGUAUAUCAGGGAGACUGAACUUGUGAAACAUGCAGACUUUUACAAGUUUCACUCAUCUGUUUCUUUUGGGAUAUACAACACAGGAAGUGAAGCAGGAAAGAAGAGGAGUGAAGCAGGAAAGAAGAGGAUUUAGCAAGAGAUUGGCCACCAUUUGCCCCAGUUGUUCAUAAUGAUAUUGCCAAUGAUAUGCUCAUUUAUUGACAAAAGUUUAUGUUUAUUGCCCUUCCAUCAUUCUUAGGAUUGGUUCUGUGCUUUUUUUGGAAUGACAUAACUGCUACUGCAGCAUGCAUCGAAGGGGAAAGAUGGAAGCAUCAUACUGGGGAAUUGGAUCUCGUCUUCCCAUCAUGGUGACAGUUCGCAACAUCUUAUAAGAACUAAAGAUCAAACAUUACUGUUUUGAACAAAUACACAAUUAUCAAAAUAUCAAAAACAUGUUCAUAUCUGUUUAUGCCUUAUGGUGAACAAAAGGGAAAAACUCUUGAGAGGAAACAGAGAUUUGACCCUAAAGAUUUUGCUGAUUGUGUUUUCACUGGUUCUUACUGGGAUUACCUAAUGCAUGGAAUGAGAUUAUGUAUGCAUAUUUGUUGAGCAGUUGUAAAAAUCUUUGUGAUCCAUCUAAACCUUCUUUUUGGAUAUCU